GCCUUGGCAUUGCCAUGAUACUGUGUUAAAACAUACACACAUGUAAACAAAAUUUUCAAGUAAACAAAUCUUAUUUGUUUCUUUUUUUGCGGCACAUUGGUUUCUAAACGUCUAUACACUUCUGUUUAAAAUGAAGAUUGCCGUAGAAGGCUGCGCCCAUGGUGAACUCGAGAAAAUAUAUGAAACUAUUGCCGAAAUCGAGAAAAGAGAUGGUAUAAAAAUAGAUUUGCUGCUAUGCUGUGGCGAUUUUCAAGCUACCCGUAACAUGGAAGAUCUACAAACCAUGGCUGUUCCCACUAAAUUUCAACAUAUGUGCUCUUUUUACAAGUAUUACAGUGGGGAAUUACGCGCUCCUAUGCUAACAAUAUUCAUUGGUGGGAACCACGAAGCUUCAAAUUAUUUACAGGAAUUGCCAUAUGGAGGUUGGGUGGCUCCCAAUAUAUACUACUUAGGAUAUGCUGGAGUGGUACGAGUCAAUGAUAUUCGAAUUGGUGGUCUGUCCGGCAUAUACAAGGGUAAUGACUAUUUGCGGGGUCGCUUCGAAUUUUCUCCCUACACGGAAAACACAAAGCGAAGUGUUUAUCAUGUUAGACAAUUAGAAGUAUAUCGUUUAAAACAACUAUCGGGAAGAAUUGAUAUUUUCAUGUCACAUGACUGGCCGAAGGGUAUAUACAAUUAUGGCAAUAAGGAACAGUUGGCGCGUUUUAAACCAUUCCUGCGCGAAGAAAUGGAUAGGGAUCAACUAGGCAGCAGACCAUGCCAAGACCUGUUAAACAUACUUAGACCUUCGUAUUGGUUUUCUGCCCAUUUACAUUGUAAAUUUGCCGCCUUGGUGCAGCACAGUGAAGCAUCUAUGGAACAAAAUGUUGAAAAGCAAAGCACAAUGUCAUAUCCAGAAGAAGAUAAACCUACAUCUAAAAUAACAAAAUUUCUUGCGUUAGAUAAAUGUCUGCCGAAGAGGAGAUUUCUGCAGGUUCUUGACAUUGAAUCGGAAAAUCACACAGAUGAUGAGGGUCAACUACGACUAGAAUAUGACCUGGAGUGGCUAACGAUACUACACCUGACAAACCAUUUGGUAAAUGUUAAGGAAAAUUAUUACUAUUUGCCAAAUGAAAAAAGUGCAAAUGGUGAACGUUUUCAGUUUACUCCAACUAUGGAUGAAAUGAACUUCGUUAGACAACGAUUUGAGAAUGAUUUGAAAAUCCCAGAAAACUUCUGUCGUACUGUAGAAGCAUUCGACCCGUCCAUGCAUUUGAGCAAAGGAUACCAUUAUGUGCAGCCGAAAUCUCAAAUAAAUCCCCAGUCACAACAAUUUUGUGAAACUUUGGGUAUUGAUGAUCCCCUUAGCUUAGCAAUGCUGAUUGGUGGUCAUGAGUUAAGUCAUUCUAGCACACUAGAUAAUACUGAGGAUUCCGCACUUAAUGAAUCCAUUCCUGACGAGCAUAAUUCUAGCCUUAAUACGUCUUCUAAUUCCUUAGGAAUCGCGUCAGCAAAGAGUCCAUUAAAACGUAAAAGCAACAGUGGAUUAUCACUACCAAAACCAAAAUUAUCAGGCAAUAACUCUAUUGAAAAUAAGGAAGAGUUAAAAAUAGAUGACGAGAUUGAAGUUGAGAGCGAGACGCAUAUAAAUAUUGAGGGUGAAGUGGUCAAUGAUGAUCACAUGAACGCACAAUCGCCUAAGGAAACGACAGAAAAUGUUUCUACUGAGACUAUAACAAUAGUCAAUUCAACUAAACCUCCUAUAAAGAAAUUUAAAAGACGCAAUCAAGACAUUUAUGUGGACAAGAAUGAGGAAGAGGAAUUAUGAAAUAAAUAUGUUUAAAUAUAUGUAUUUAAUGAAGGUCCAUAAAUUAUUUUUGUAAAUAAAAAGUGACGACAUAAACAAAAUCAACUAAUUAUAAAGGCAGGACAUAAUUAAGACUAUGUUAUAAUGAAAACAAAGUUAGAUAGAUUUGAGAGAAAACAGGCCUGGCAGUUUGUAAUCUAAAUUUUUUCAGUAAAUAAAAAUACGAAAACUUUUCUAUUUAAAUCAGGUUCUAUAGGCAAA